GAAUAUCCACAGGCUCUUCUUAACAGGAUCUCAUACAUCACACCAACAGAUAGGAUUUUUUGCUGUUUGCACACAGGAGAAUCGCACGUAUUGAGUAAUGAGGACAUCCAGGAAGGACCUCAAGUGUGCGUCGUCUGUGGAGACGAGGCCUCGGGCAUCCACUAUCACGCCUUGACCUGCGAUAGCUGCAAAAACUUCUUUUGGCGUUCGAUGCAGAAGAAAGUGGAGUUCAUGUGCGACAACGAUGGUCAGUGUUUCGUCGGCGAUAAGCAGAGUCGGAGUCGAUGUCAGAAAUGUCGAUUUGACCGAUGCAUCGAAAGUGGCAUGAAAAAGGACUGUAAGCUGCUUGUCAUUUAUUUUGUACUGAUGUUCUAUUUAAAUUCACAUGAGGCUAACGGAAAUGGCUAUGGCUGCUGCAGAGGUCGCUGCUGCUGCUGCAGCUGA